AUGGCCCACUCCUGCAUCAUGCUCUCGGCAGUCACCAGAAAGUUCAAGCCCAUUGGUGAAGCCAGCACCUCCGAGAAGUGUAUUCAGGGUGAGGACGGAAGAUGGUUUACCCCCAGGGAAUUUGAAAUUCAAGGCAACCGCGAGAAAUCAAAGAACUGGAAGCUGAGUGUGCGGUGUGGCGGGUGGCCCUUGCUGAACCUGAUCAAGCCAGAAAAUUCAAAUCUGUGUGCGGUAUGCCAGGAUGGAGGCAGGCUGGUCUGCUGUGACACAUGUACAAGAUCCUUUCAUGAAGACUGUCACAUCCAUCCUGUGGAAACUGAGAGGAAUCCUUGGAGUUGCAUCUUCUGCAGCAUAAAGAUUAUUCAGGAGAAAUGUCCAGAAGACCAGCCAGGUCAUCAGGAAUAUGAGAUCCUGAAGAGGCAGAUGCUGCCUGAGGAGCAGCUGAAAUGUGAGUUCCUCCUCUUAAACUUCUAUGGCUGUUCUAAAAGCUCCUUUUUCUUUCUACGCGUCUCCUCCUGCCGCUGCCGGGGCCCCCACUCGCCUGGGAAGCGAGUGAUCUGGAGUCCGCCCGACCGCGCGGGGGCGCCAGCUAGCCAAGGGGCCAUUGCGGCGCCGCCCGACGCCGCGCCCUCGGCGGCUGCGCAGUGCGCACGUCAAAGCCGGGCUCGGGCUGGAACGGGGAGCGGCGCGGCCUGGGAGCAACCGACCCCUGAGGAGCGGGGCAAAGGAGGAGGUAGAGGCGGCGCCGGACCCACAGUAGCAGCCGCAGCCCGAGAAGCGAGCGAGCGAGCGAGCGCAGCAGCGCGGCGGCCGCCGCGGGAGUCCAGAGACCGCCGCCCGCCCGCGCCGCCGGGGAGCAGCACCAGGAGCAGCAGCAGCAGGCGGAAGACAACGGAGGGGCCGAGCGCCCGAGCCGCGAGCGCGCAGCCCGAGGCGGCGGCCGAGGACGGGGACGGCGACGACGCGGAGGCAGAGAAGGAGCCGCCCGGCGCGCCCAGCCCCGUGAGUGACCCCCGGCCCGGCGCUGCUCGUGGCGCGGACACCCCCCGGCUUCCGCCCACCCGGCCCGGGGUUACCACCAUUUUCUCGGGUCGUCACGGCCCUGAGUCUCUCUCGGCGCCCGGGGCCUGCGGGCCCUGCCGCCGCUUCCAGCGGCUCUCUGGGAGGGUUUGGUGGGGGGGCGGGGGAAGCUCGGGGGCGUCCCCGGCUGGAACCAACUGUCACUCCCAGCGUACCCGGGACCCCGGCCCCGAACAGCUUUCCAUGACCGCCGGCUUAGUCAGCAUCCCUGCGGGAAAAUGCCUAGCCGAUUCCUACUUAGGAAUAGUGCGGUCAGAGCGCGCCCGAGUUCGGUUGGAGCAGCCGGGGUGCCGAAGGAACUCAGAGGUGAACGGGGCCCCGCAGUCCCCUCCCCCGAGGAGCUGA